GCGGUCGCAGGAAACCGGAGUCGGAGGGGCCGUUCUCGUCCGGACCGCGUUGGUCACUGUAUUUUUAUAGUUUUCUCCCGGGUCUUGCCACACCAGGUUCUUGCGUCGUGUCAGUCGGAACGGGGAGUGAACCUUUGUGCAAUGCGGUGUCGGAAAAACGCCUUGAAGUGGAGCCUUGUAGCAGGUCUGGGAAGACACAUGAUCACUCUUUCCUUAAUGUUUUUACUGAUUCUCUUACUUUUUGAACUUCUUCAACGUAUAGGAUGAUACUGAAGAGAACUCCAAUGAUGGGACCCAGCCGUCCAAAAGGAGGCGAAUGGGCUCAGGAGACAGCUGCAGGAGUUGUGAGACGUCGAGCCAGGACCUUGGAGCGACGAGAUUUGUCCCAUAAGGAGAAACUCUACCUGCGGGAGCUGAAUGUCAUCACGGAGACGCAAUGUACUCUAGGUUUAACAGCAUUGCGCAGUGAUGAAGUGAUUGAUUUAAUGAUAAAAGAAUAUCCAGCCAAACAUGCUGAGUACUCUGUUAUUUUACAAGAAAAAGAGCGUCAGCGAAUUACAGAUCAUUAUAAAGAGUAUUCUCAACUGCAACAACAGAACACUCAGAAAGUUGAAGCCAGCAAAGUGCCUGAGUACAUUAAGAAAGCUGCCAAAAAAGCAGCCGAAUUUAACAGCAACUUAAACCGGGAGCGUAUGGAAGAACGAAGAGCUUACUUCGACUUGCAGACGCACGUCAUCCAGGUGCCUCAAGGGAAGUACAGAGUGUUGCCGACAGAGCGAACCAAGGUCAGCUCCUACCCGGUGGCCCUCAUCCCCGGACAGUUCCAGGAAUACUACAAAAGGUACUCCCCAGAUGAGCUGCGGUAUCUGCCGCUCAACACCGCGCUCUACGAGCCCCCCCUGGACCCUGAGCUGCCGGCCCUUGACAGCGAUGGCGACUCAGACGAUGCCGAGGACGGUCGAGGCGACGAGAAACGGAAACACAAAGGGACUUCGGACAGCUCCUCUGGCAACGUGUCCGAGGGGGAAGGCCUUCCCGAGGGCCAGGAGGAGCCCUUCCAGGGAAGACAGAGAUCCAAGGACAAAGCUGCUACUCCAAGAAAAGACGCUUCCAAACGUUCUGUACUGUCCAAGUCAGUCCCUGGGUACAAGCCAAAGGUCAUUCCAAAUGCUCUAUGUGGAAUUUGUCUGAAGGGUAAGGAGUCCAACAAGAAAGGGAAGGCUGAAUCACUCAUACACUGCUCCCAGUGUGACAAUAGUGGCCAUCCUUCUUGCCUGGAUAUGACCAUGGAGCUUGUUUCUAUGAUUAAGACCUACCCAUGGCAAUGUAUGGAAUGUAAAACUUGCAUUAUAUGUGGACAACCCCACCAUGAAGAGGAAAUGAUGUUCUGUGAUGUGUGUGACAGAGGUUAUCAUACUUUUUGUGUGGGCCUUGGUGCUAUUCCAUCAGGUCGCUGGAUUUGUGACUGUUGUCAGCGAGCCCCCCCCACACCCAGGAAAGUGGGCAGAAGGGGGAAAAACAGCAAAGAGGGAUAAAAUAGUUUUUUGACCCCAAUAUUGUAAUAUGGAUUUAAAUGAAAUAUUUGGUGCCAACUUAUUUACACUCUCAAUUUUAUGCCAAUAAAAGAUUUCUGAAAUUAA